AAGGUAAAUAAAAGGAGCUAUUAGAUUGGGUUAUGGAGGCACGUGCCCGUCCUUCAAGCUCAUUUUCCAUAGGAGGAACAGAAAAAAAAAAACAAGUACAUGCAAAUCUAACUAGCCAAUGGAACGUGCGGAAAGGCCAAGGUGGGCUGGGCUGUGUGGUUUCCUUGGAUACCUAGGACGCGACUUCUUUGGAGAUGGUGGAGCUUUGGAGUGAGACCCAAGUGGUCAAAACUCGUGGAGAAUAAAACUGGAGGCUUAGCAAGGAUCAGGACCAAGGCAAGAAGUAAGAACAGAAGCAAUUAAAGAUUCGUGAAAAAUGGAAGAUAGUACCACAGACACAGAACCAGAGGAAGAGGAGAGAGAAAAGGAUAAAGAAGACUUCAUUUAUGCUGUAGUACCUACAGUUAAUAUCCGAGAUGAGCGGUUUGUGGAUUUAUCUACAACUCCAGCCUUCACUUUUCUACAUCAGGUUUUUGAACUUCUUUCUCUUGCCGGAGGCGUGGUGAACUCUGCCUUGUAUAAUGUGGAUGCUGGUCACAAAGCUGUCAUUUUUUAUCGGUUUCGAGGCGUACAGGACAUUGUGGUAGGAGAAGGCACUCACUUUCUCAUCCCAUGGGUACAAAAACCGAUUAUCUUUGACUGCCGCUCUCGGCCACGAAAUGUGCUAGUAAUUACUGGCAGCAAAGAUUUACAGAACGUCAACAUAACCCUGCGCAUCCUUUUCCGGCCGGUUGCUAGCCAGCUUCCUCGCAUCUUCACCAGCAUCGGGGAGGACUAUGACGAGCGUGUGCUGCCAUCCAUCACCACAGAGAUCCUCAAGUCAGUGGUGGCUCGCUUUGAUGCUGGAGAACUAAACACGCAGAGAGAGCUGGUUUCCAGACAGGUGAGCGAUGACCUUACGGACUUAACAGAAGAAAAAAGUCUUAUAUUAAAGGAAUUUGAGAAGAUACCAAAGCCAGGGGAAAUGGAGAAAAAGUUGAAGAUACUGAAAGAAAGCAUUGAAGAAUUACGAAAAGAAGUAAUGCAAAAGAAAUUAGAAAUUAAAAGUUUACGGGAAGAUUUAGUAUCUAAACAAAAGCAGUUACUAAAAGAGCAGAAGGAGCUAGAAGAAUUAAUGGAGUUUCAGGUCACUCUAAAGGAUGAAGUGGUUCACCAUCAAGCCAUCCCUGUACAAAUUGGAAAAGAGAUAGAAAAAACAACACGCAAAAAAGUAGAAAUGGAAAAGAAAAAAUUUGUCUUAGAAUGUGAAGUCAAAGAACUAAAUGACUCUCUGAAGAAAUUUGAAACCAAACUUAAUGCUCUAGUGGAAGAGAAAGAGGAUGUAAUCAAGGAAGUUGAAGGCAAACGAGCCUUACUUGAAGUCAAAGAACGAGAAUGUAACCAGUUGGUGAAGUUAUUGGAAUUAACCAGAGAGAAUGAAACAUCUUCACUAACUGAAAGAGGGAUCCUGGAUCUCAAUUUACGGAACUGUCACAUUGACAAGCAAAACUACCAUGAUGAACUUUCUCGGAAGCAAAGAGAGAAAGAAAGAGAUAUUCGAAAUUUUAAAAAGAUGGAGCUACUCUUGAAAGUGUCCCUGGAUGCACUCACUCAGACUCAAGCACUGCAUCAAAGACUUCUUUUAGAGAUUGAAGCUAUCCCUAAAGAUGAUUCUAUAAUAGCUGACAGAAGGAGAGAACUCCACAAGGAAGUUGAACUAGCUAAAAGAAAUUUGACUCAACAGAAAAUCCUAUCAGAAGCUGAGUCUAAGUUAGUAGAACAGCAACUUGCAGAGGAAAAUAAGCUUUUAAAAGAGCAAGAAAAUAUGCGAGAGAUGGUAUUCAACCUUGUCCGUAUGACUCAAGUCAAAAUUGAUGAAAAAGAACAAAAAUCCAAGGAUUUCCUGAAAGCUCAGCAAAAAUAUACUAACAUCAUGAAGGAGAUUAAAGCAAAGGAUCUUGAAAUUAGGAUACACAAAAAGAAAAAACGUGAAAUUCAUCGAAGACUCAGACAGUUUGCUAAACUGUAUGACACUAUUCGAAAUGAAAGAAACAAAUUCAUUAACUUACUUCACAAAGCUCACCAGAAAGUAAAUGAAAUCAGAGAAAGGCAUAAAAUGUCACUAAAUGAGCUGGAAAUUUUAAGAAAUAGUGCUGUUUCUCAAGAAAGAAAACUGCAAAAUUCCAUGUUGAAGCAUGCCAACAAUGUUACCAUCAGAGAAAGCAUGCAAAACGAUGUGUGCAAAAUUGUAGUAAAGCUUCAGGAAAUGAAAGAGAAGAAAGAGGCCCAGUUAAAUAAUAUUGACAGACUUGCCAAUAUGAUCACAGUGAUUGAAGAGGAGAUGGUUCAACUUCGCAAGAAGUAUGAAAAAGCUGUUCAAAGACGAAAUGAAAGUGGUGUUCAACUGAUAGAGCGGGAAGAAGAAGUGUGCAUUUUUUAUGAAAAAAUAAAUAUCCAAGAGAAGAUGAAGCUAAAUGGAGAACUUGAAAUGCAUAUCCUAGAAGAAAAGAUUCGUUUCCUGAAACUGAACAUUUCAGAGAAGCAAAGACAGAUUCAUGUGACCCAGAAACUUCUACCAGCCAAGAGGUCCCUGGAUGCUGAUUUAGCAGUACUUCAAAUUCAGUUUUCACAGUGCACAGACAGAGUAAAACAUCUGGAGCAACAGUUUAUUAAUCCUCAUAGUAACAGAGCCCGCCUCAUUCCAGGAAAAGAUCUGACUGAAGAAGAAAUGAUUAAAAAAUUAGAUGCGCUGGAACUACAGCUGGCCAAGAAGGAAGAGAAGUUACUGGAGAAGGACUUCAUCUAUGAACAGGUCUCCCGGCUCACAGACAGACUCAGCAGCAAAACCCAGGCCAGCAAGCACGACACACUGCUCUUAGCUAAAAAGAUGAAUGGCUACCAGAAAAAAAUCAAAGAUGCUACUGAAAAAAUGAUGGCUCUAGUUGCUGAGCUGUCCAUGAAACAAGCUCUGACCAUUGAACUACAAAAGGAAGUCAGGGAGAAAGAAGACUUCAUCUUCUCUUGCAGUUCUAGGAUAGAAAAGGGCUUGCCACUCAAUAAAGAGAUUGAGACUGAAUGGUUGAAGGUACUUCGAGAUGAAAAAAUGUAUGCCUUGGCCAUCGCUGAAAAGUCUCGGGAGUUCCUGGAAAUAGAUCAUCGCCAACUGCCUGGUGGUGUUUACACAACUGCAGAGCUGCGUCCAAAUGCCUACAUUCCAGAAGCAGAGGCUACUCUUCCUUUGCCAAAACCAUAUGGUGCUUUGGCUCCUUUUAAACCCAGUGAGCCUGGGGCUAAUAUGAGGCACAUAAGGAAACCUGUUAUAAAGCCUAUUGAAAUCUGAAUAUGUGAACAAAUUCAGGCUUCUCAUGAAGGGCACUUCAACCAGGCUUGCUCAUAUCCACAGAUGGAAAAUGUCAGCAUAAUAACUCUAAAUUACAGACAACUGUAGUAACCACAAUCAAUCAGUAGUGGAGAACACACCAUAGUUUCCUUUUCGACUCAACAAAUUAUUUUACAUGAUACUGAGUAGCAUAUAGAAUUGUCAUUUGUCAUUCAACACUAUCAAAGUAUUGUUCAUGUAUUUUGUUCACUCUAGAUAUUAACUAUAUCAGACUAUGUGGUUGAGAGUUGAUAAAAUAAAUAAAAAUAAAUCAUUUUUCAAUAUUACAGAAAGUGGCAGACUGGACUUUGUUUAUUAAAGAAAAAUUACUGUUCAGUAUAGUCAACUACAAGAGAAUGGUAAUGUUUGUAAAGAAAAAUACCCCAGGUGUUGUAGAAGUAUACCAUGCUCUAGUCCAGUGUGAAAUUAAUACUGGUAAAUCUAGAUCACAUAAAAAGAAGUAGGGAGGUCAUUUUUAAAGCAAGUUUAUUAUAAUUCUAUGAAUAAGAUUUUUAUGGCAUAAAAUAAUUAUGUUCUAAUGUGUCUUUAUUAUAAAACUGCAUUUUCUACAGUGUUAAAUGGAAAAAGACAUGAUUAUUUUAAAUUCUGGCGCUAGAAUUUUCAAAAUUUCAAUGCAAAGAUGAGCAACUUUGCAUGUAAAAGAGCUGAAAAUGAGAAUAGGUCCACUCAUUUCAUCAUUAUUAACUUUUAUUGCAUCUCAUUCAAGUAUAUCUUUCUAAUUGUUGUUUUCUCAAUAUAAGAAAUACACAAGUAGAUUGGAAACCUGUGGUUUUACAUUCAUUAAUAUGCUCAAGCUAUAUUUAUUUCAUAUUGGUGUCAAUUAUGAAUUUUAUUUUACAACUCUGGGAGUAAAAAAUACAUUCCUUUAAUUUGCUAAAUCAUCAAAAUCUAUUUUAAAUCUCCAUCCUGCUAGAUUGGAAGGAAAUUAAAGUUACACAGAGGUUAAGUUUAGCAGUAUAAAGAAUGUAACAUUUAUUUUAGCAAAUCACAAAGGGAUGGACGCUUUAUUAUAAAACCUGCUAAUGGCUGUGAGAAGGAAUGUACAACCAUGUGCUAGAACAGGCAAGGAUCACAAUAUGAUGAACUUUUAAAAUCUGACCCUUAAGCGUGAAUGGAAAGGGUUUUCAAUGAAUGGAAAGGGUUUUCAGUGGUAGAAAUACCCCAAGCUAUAAACUCAUUUAAAGGUGGAACUUAAGAAACAAAGACAGAAAGGGAAAACACAAAGUUCAUUUUGGACAGAGUGUGGUAUAUUCCACUAAAGCAAUAGGCUCUGGGGAAAAAAGGGGAAGGAAGGGAGAGGCAGAUGCUUAGUUGUGGUACAUGAU